GCACUGCAGGCUUCACAGCUGCCGCUGCCGCGCCUCGAAGGUCUCACCGCUUCCUCAGCAGAGACCCGGGCUCGGUCGCCAUGUCCGCCACGGACGAAGUUGACGGGCUGGGCGUGGCCCGGCCGCACUAUGGCUCUGUCCUGGAUAAUGAGAGACUUACUGCAGAGGAGAUGGAUGAAAGGCGACGCCAGAAUGUGGCUUAUGAGUACCUUUGUCAUUUGGAAGAAGCAAAGAGGUGGAUGGAAGCGUGCCUAGGGGAAGACCUGCCUCCCACCACAGAACUGGAGGAGGGGCUUAGGAAUGGGGUCUACCUUGCCAAACUAGGAAACUUCUUUUCUCCCAAAGUGGUGUCCCUGAAAAAAAUCUACGACCGAGAGCAGACCAGAUACAAGGCAACUGGCCUCCACUUUAGACACACUGAUAACGUGAUUCAGUGGCUGAAUGCCAUGGGUGAGAUUGGAUUGCCGAAGAUUUUUUAUCCAGAAACUACAGAUAUUUAUGAUCGAAAGAACAUGCCAAGAUGUAUCUACUGUAUCCAUGCACUCAGUUUGUACCUGUUCAAACUAGGCCUGGCUCCUCAGAUCCAAGACCUAUAUGGAAAGGUUGACUUCACAGAAGAAGAAAUUAACAACAUGAAGAUUGAGCUGGAGAAGUAUGGGAUCCAGAUGCCUGCCUUCAGCAAGAUUGGAGGCAUUCUGGCUAACGAACUGUCAGUGGAUGAAGCUGCAUUACAUGCUGCCGUUAUUGCUAUUAAUGAAGCUAUUGACCAUAGAAUUCCAGCGGACACCUUUACAGCUUUGAAGAACCCCAAUGCCAUGCUUGUAAAUCUUGAAGAACCCUUGGCUUCCACUUACCAGGAUAUACUUUACCAGGCCAAGCAGGACAAAAUGACAAAUGCCAAAAACAGGACGGAGAACUCAGAGAGAGAAAGGGAUGUUUAUGAGGAGUUGCUCACUCAGGCUGAAAUUCAAGGCAAUAUAAACAAAGUCAAUGCAUAUUCUGCAUUAGCAAAUAUCGACCUGGCUUUAGAGCAGGGAGACGCACUGGUGUUGUUCAAGGCUCUGCAGUCACCAGCUCUGGGGCUUCGAGGACUGCAGCAACAGAACAGUGACUGGUACUUAAAGCAGCUCCUGAGUGAUAAACAGCAGAAGAGACAGAGUGGCCAGGUUGGUCCCCUGCAGAAGGAGGAGCUACAGUCUGGAGUGGACGAUGCAAACAAUGCUGCCCAGCAAUAUCAGAGAAGAUUGGCAGCAGUGGCUGCGAUUAAUGCUGCCAUCCAAAACGGUGUUGCUGAGAAGACUGUUUUGGAGCUAAUGAAUCCUGAAGCCCAGCUGCCCCAGGUGUAUCCCUUUGCUGCCGAUCUUUAUCAGAAAGAACUGGCUACCCUGCAGCAACAGAGUCCUGAACAUAGCCUCACCCAUCCUGAGCUCUCUGUUGCAGUGGAGAUGUUGUCAUCGGUGGCCCUAAUCAAUAGGGCGUUGGAAUCCGGAGACAUGAAUACAGUGUGGAAACAGUUGAGCAGUUCAGUCACAGGCCUUACCAACAUCGAGGAAGAAAACUGUCAGAGGUAUCUCGAUGAAUUGAUGAAACUGAAAGCUCAGGCCCGUGCAGAGAAUAACGAAUUCAUUACAUGGAAUGACAUCCAGGCUUGCGUGGACCAUGUGAAUCUGGUGGUGCAAGAGGAGCAUGAGAGGAUUUUAGCCAUUGGUUUAAUUAAUGAAGCCCUAGAUGAAGGUGAUGCCCAGAAGACCCUGCAGGCCUUACAGAUUCCUGCAGCCAAACUUGAGGGUGUCCGUGCAGAAGUGGCCCAACACUACCAAGACACAUUGAUCAGAGCAAAGAGAGAAAAGGCCCAGGAAACCCAGGAUGAGUCAGCUGUGCUUUGGUUGGAUGAAAUUCAGGGUGGAAUCUGGCAAUCCAACAAAGAUACCCAAGAAGCACAAAAGUUUGCCUUAGGAGUGUUUGCAAUUAAUGAGGCAGUGGACAGUGGUGAUGUUGGCAAAACACUGAGCGCCCUCCGUUCCCCUGAUGUUGGAUUGUAUGGAGUCAUCCCUGAGUGUGGUAAAACUUACCUAAGUGACCUUGCUGAAGCCAAGAAGAAGAAACUGGCAGCGGGAGAUAAUAACAGCAAGUGGGUGAAGCACUGGGUGAAAGGUGGCUAUCACUAUUACCACAAUCUGGAGACCCAGGAAGGAGGAUGGGAUGAACCCCCAGACUUCGUGCAAAAUUCCACGCAUCUUUCUCGGGAGGAGAUCCAGAGUUCUAUCUCUGGAGUGACUGCUGCAUAUAACCGUGAACAGCUUUGGCUGGCCAACGAAGGUUUGAUCACCAAGCUGCAGGCUUGCUGCCGUGGAUACUUAGUUCGACAGGAAUUCCGAUCCAGGAUGAAUUUCCUGAAGAAGCAAAUCCCUGCCAUCACCUGCAUUCAGUCUCAAUGGAGGGGAUACAAGCAGAAGAAGGCAUAUCAAGAUCGUUUAGCUUACCUGCGCUCCCAUAAAGAUGAAGUUGUAAAGAUUCAGUCACUGGCCAGGAUGCAUCAAGCUAGAAAGCGCUACAGAGAUCGUCUACAGUAUUUCCGAGAUCAUAUAAAUGACAUUAUCAAAAUCCAGGCUUUCAUUCGGGCAAACAAAGCUCGUGAUGACUACAAGACUCUCAUCAAUGCUGAGGAUCCUCCUAUGAUUGUGGUGCGAAAAUUUGUCCACCUGCUGGAUCAAAGUGACCAGGAUUUUCAAGAGGAACUUGACCUUAUGAAGAUGCGGGAAGAGGUUAUCACCCUCAUUCGUUCUAACCAGCAGCUGGAGAAUGACCUCAAUCUCAUGGAUAUCAAAAUUGGACUGCUAGUGAAAAAUAAGAUUACACUGCAGGAUGUGGUUUCCCACAGUAAAAAACUUACCAAGAAAAAUAAGGAACAGUUGUCUGACAUGAUGAUGCUAAAUAAACAGAAGGGAGGUCUCAAGGCUUUGAGCAAGGAGAAGAGAGAGAAAUUGGAAGCUUAUCAGCAUCUGUUUUAUUUAUUGCAGACCAACCCCACCUAUCUGGCCAAGCUGAUUUUUCAGAUGCCCCAGAACAAGUCCACCAAGUUCAUGGACUCUGUCAUCUUCACACUUUACAACUAUGCGUCCAACCAGCGAGAGGAGUACCUGCUCCUACGGCUCUUUAAGACAGCGCUCCAGGAGGAAAUUAAGUCAAAAGUAGAUCAGAUUCAAGAAAUUGUGACAGGAAAUCCUACAGUUAUUAAGAUGGUUGUAAGUUUCAACCGUGGUGCCCGGGGCCAGAAUGCCCUGAGACAGAUCUUGGCCCCGGUCGUGAAGGAGAUUAUGGAUGACAAGUCUCUCAACAUCAAAACUGAUCCUGUGGAUAUUUACAAAUCUUGGGUUAAUCAGAUGGAAUCUCAGACAGGAGAGGCAAGCAAACUGCCCUAUGAUGUGACUCCUGAGCAGGCUCUGGCUCAUGAGGAGGUCAGGACACGGCUAGACACCUCCAUCAGGAAUAUGCGGGCCGUGACCGACAAGUUCCUCUCCGCCAUCAUCAGCUCUGUGGACAAAAUCCCUUAUGGGAUGCGUUUCAUUGCCAAAGUGCUGAAGGACUCAUUACAUGAAAAAUUCCCUGAUGCUGGUGAGGAUGAGCUGCUGAAGAUUAUUGGUAACUUGCUUUACUAUCGAUACAUGAAUCCAGCCAUUGUUGCCCCUGAUGCCUUUGACAUCAUUGACCUGUCAGCUGGAGGCCAGCUUACCACAGACCAACGCCGAAAUCUUGGCUCCAUUGCAAAGAUGCUCCAGCAUGCAGCUUCCAAUAAGAUGUUUCUGGGAGAUAAUGCUCACUUAAGCAUCAUUAAUGAGUAUCUUUCCCAGUCCUACCAGAAAUUCAGACGAUUUUUCCAAACUGCUUGUGAUGUCCCAGAGCUUCAGGAUAAAUUUAAUGUGGAUGAGUACUCUGAUUUAGUGACCCUCACCAAACCAGUUAUCUACAUUUCCAUUGGUGAAAUCAUUAACACCCACACUCUCCUGCUAGAUCACCAGGACGCCAUUGCUCCAGAGCACAAUGAUCCGAUCCAUGAGCUGCUGGAUGACCUUGGGGAGGUGCCCACCAUUGAGUCCUUGAUAGGGGAAAGCUCUGGCAAUAUAAAUGACCCAAAUAAGGAGGCACUGGCUAAGACCGAAGUCUCUCUCACACUGACCAACAAGUUUGAUGUGCCUGGAGAUGAGAAUGCAGAAAUGGAUGCUCGGACCAUCUUGCUGAACACAAAACGUUUAAUUGUGGAUGUCAUCCGGUUCCAGCCGGGAGAGACCUUGACUGAAAUCCUAGAAACACCAGCCACCAGUGAACAGGAAGCAGAACAUCAGAGGGCAAUGCAGAGACGUGCUAUUCGUGAUGCCAAGACUCCAGACAAGAUGAAAAAGUCACAAUUUGUAAAAGAAGACAGCAACCUCACUCUUCAGGAGAAGAAGGAGAAGAUCCAGUCAGGCUUAAAGAAGCUAACAGAGCUUGGGACCGUGGACCCAAAGAACAGAUACCAGGAACUGAUCAAUGACAUUGCCAGGGAUAUUCGGAAUCAGCGGAGAUACCGACAGAGGAGAAAGGCUGAACUGGUGAAAUUGCAACAAACUUAUGCUGCCUUGAACUCCAAGGCCACCUUCUAUGGGGAGCAGGUGGAUUACUAUAAGAGCUAUAUCAAAACCUGCCUGGAUAACUUAGCCAGCAAGGGCAAGGUUUCCAAAAAGCCAAGGGAAAUGAAAGGAAAGAAAAGCAAAAAGAUUUCCCUGAAAUAUACAGCAGCAAGACUCCAUGAAAAGGGAGUUCUUCUGGAAAUUGAGGACCUGCAAGAGAAUCAGUUUAAAAAUGUUAUCUUUGAAAUCAGUCCAACAGAAGAAGUUGGAGACUUUGAAGUAAAAGCCAAAUUCAUGGGAGUUCAAAUGGAGACUUUUAUGUUACAUUAUCAGGACCUGCUGCAGCUACAAUAUGAAGGAGUCGCAGUCAUGAAAUUAUUCGAUAGAGCUAAAGUAAAUGUCAACCUCCUGAUCUUCCUUCUCAACAAAAAGUUCUACGGGAAGUAAUUGAUCGUUUGCUGCCAGCCUGGAAAGAUGAAGGGAGGAAGUGCCUCUACGCUUCUAGGCUCUUCUAGGAUCCUUCUUUACCCAUUGGAAGCAAAGACCCAGCCGAGGACCAUGCGUCAAUCUGAUCCAUUCCCAAUGCCACAUUUUAACUCCUCCUGCUCUGAUGGGCGUUUGCUGCCCUUUUUUUACUAUAGUGAAAUUGUAUCUCAGGCCUACCUAGACCCUUCUGGUUCCUCCGUUUUCUUCUCUCCCUUAAGAAAAAAGUGGAAACCCCUAGAAAACCUUUCUGUCUAUAUUGUUACUGUCUUAGAGGUUGCAUUACUGUAUCGUGAGCUUUGGUGUUUGUUUUAAUUAGCAAUAAGGAUGGAGGGAUUUGAAUUCUUGUUAUUUAGAAGUGGAAUCUGUUAGCACCAGUAACAUGCAGACAUAUAAGAUGCAAUUAAAAUGUCAGAUUAGCUACAGUUAGUAGGUUGUGAAAUUCUAUCCCAUCAGCACAGUUGAAGGAUAGCGGGAUCAUUGGUUCUCUUCCAUUCUCUAUCUUUUUGGGCAGGAGCUAACAGAAGUCACUGUUCUGUAUCCAGAGGAAGCAUUUCUAGAAAAAAGGAGAUACAGUUUUUAAAUGUUACCAUCAAUUUUGGGCAAUUCUGUUAGUGUAACUCCCUGGCCAGUGGAGGGGAGAAUCCCACUGAUAACAUUCAGGUGUUUGGGUCAAUUCAGAAUGAUCUGAGGUACCCGUCUUGGUGACCUGCUUGUUUAUGUUGGUGCACAGAGGCUGACUGGGUUCAGGGAGACAGUCCACUCCAUCCCUACUGCAAUGGAAUGGAUUAGAUCUAGCAUAGAAUGUAACUGUCUUAAAUGAUUUUAUCUUAAGAGUACCUUAUUAAAUUGUAGAUUUAUUUCUUAAAAUGUGGGUGAUAGGAAUUUAAAGAUUUAUAUAAUGCUUCAAAAGCCUUUAGAACACUGUAAGAAAAGGAUUUUUUAUAAAUUGGCUUAUUUGUAUAUCUGAACUUUCUUAUAGCUAAAACACUAGGAUUUAUCUGCAGAGUUGCAGAGCUAAUCCUGCAUUGAGUAGUCUGAAACAAAGCCAGCCAACCCAUGUUACACCUGAUAGUCAAGUCUUUUUUUUCUCAUCUCUUUCUCCUCUUUUCCCUCGCUGCCCACCUUGUACCUUUAUGUUAUAAUCCCCAGUUUUCUGGGUUUCGUUGGAAAAAAAAAUUCAAUACUAAACAUUGAAUUGAGGAAGAAGCUUUUGUUCUUAGAUGAAAAGUCAUGUACUUUUAAAAAAAUUUUGUUUAUCCAGGAAAACAUUGAAAUCAUGCUACUGAGCCUCCACUUUCUUUGAUGUUUUGGUUCAGUAUAAAAUCUCUUAUUAUCAUAAAGUGUAAGCAUAACAUAAUAAACUUUUUUAAAUUCACAGAUACAUAUUUAAAACCAAUAACUUGUUUUAAUUAAUAGCAAAUUAAGUGGUGUGUCCCUAUUACAAGUGUGAAUAGUGGAGAAGUGUUUUUCUCAAUGGACUGUUCACUGCAUCAGGCCUGUGCGUGCAGAUGGGGGGCACUUUCCCCACUCCAGGCUGUCCACAUGGUGGCACCUGAGACACUCAGGAGAGCCCCAGAAGAUGAGGAAGAGGUGAGCAUGGGGUGCCAUGUCAGAAUGUCCCACUACCCUGACCUGGCUUUAUGCUGUAUUUUGGAAGACAAUUUUUAGUAAACAUUUUUCUCAGAUGAAAAAAAAAUGCUAUUACAGUUAGCAUCACCUCAAAAAGUGGGAGCAACCAAAGUGUCAUUCCUUUCUCCCUAAAAGCAAAUACCCUUCCCAAAUGCUUGUCAGGCCUCAAGGCCACAUCCAAGACAGAUGAUAAUGAGCAGAGUUUACAACUCCUUCAUAAAUAAAUGUGUCAGUUAUUUGUAAGGAUUAAAGUUUCCUUCGCACAACUUCUAAUGCAAAAUAGCGCAAAAUGCACUUCAAGAAUUUUUAUGAUAAAUAUAUAGAAUUGUGGUUUUAAUAGCAUAGAUAUUGCCCUGACAAACUCUCAAGUCGUGGCAUUGAAACCAGUUAGCUUGUAUUAUUUUUAUUUAUUAGCCAUAUCAUUCUUCUGUCUCAUCUCUCCUUCUUUGACCUUCUCUUCGACCAGCCAUCAUGACAUUUAUCAUGAAUUUACUUCCUCCCAAGAAUUUGGACUGCCCAUCAGAUGGUUGCUGCACACAAUUGCCUUUGUAUCCCUAAGAAAUAAAAGGUCAUUUGUUCA